AUGGUUCAGACACGGGCAGUUCUGGCUGCACUCCUUUUCUUGCUAAUAAAUCUGCUGGGAGGUUCAGCUUACAACGUGGUGAGUGUGGAGGCUGGUCAUGAGGCUGUGCUGAGUUGCCCUUACGUCUCCAAGGUGUCUUUGCUAAUGGUGACAUGGAAGACGACAUGCAGCACUUGCUGCUUGUUGGCCUAUAGAAGUGAUUACAACAAGACAAGGAGGUUAAACUGCAGUGAGAGGAUGACAUGGAAAUACUCACCUGACAGCGACCCUGCCCUUCGUAUUUACCCUGUGAACCUCGGUGAUGAGGGAAAUUACACCUGUGAAAUUGCCAGCACUUCAGGGAAUUUUCUGCUUUUCUCUUCUCUGACUGUGAUAGUUCCUCCAGCAGUGACUCUGACCUCUGACAGCAGGACUGCCAUCUGUCAAGCAUCUGCUGGGAAGCCAGCUGCUGAGAUCUCCUGGAUCCCUGCAAGUAAUCACAGCAUUGAGGAAGAAGUCCAUCACCCCAAUGGAACAGUGACCAGAGUGAGCUACAUAGGCUGGGUCCACAGCACGCUUCCCACCAUCACCUGCCUGGUUACCCACCCAGCUACAAACCAGACUCUGUCCCUAGACCUCUCAUACACUUCCCCCAGGCUUCUCUAUCUCCUGAUAGGAGGACCUGCAAGUGUUGCUGCUGUCAGUGGUGUGACUUUAUGUUUGAUUUUCGUGUGCAGAGCUUUCCGGUUACGUAAACUGGCACACAGGUCGGCAGUACCAUUUGCAACUAAGAACUUCAGGUCCACACCAUUACGUGAGAAAAGAGAUGCGGUCAAGCCUCCUGUCUCAUCAGAGAUUAUCUAUCAGAAUUACAAUCCAAAUAUUAUAUAUAUGAACUGUUAA